AUGACAUUCUCACUCCGUGCUGACAGUAAAAAUGACAGUGAUGAUCAGUCUAAUCUCGUAUUCUUACGAAGUUCGGAUAUUCGUCGCAACGCUUUCAACCGAACACCGCCCCACUUCGUCAUUCCAGCAAGAAUUCAUCAUUCGUGUUCGUUCUCUCGCGAUUCACUGAGAAGUAUCGCAUGUAAUGUGUGUAGUUGCGGUGGUGCCAAACCAGGCUCCUGA